AAAUCACGCGUUGAUAAUGUAUUUGAAAACAAAAUUAAAGGGACUAAACCGGUGAAACGGACUACACAUGAAUGGUCGCAAUUCAGCAUCAACGAUUUGCCCCGAUACUUAGCUCGUUUCAACCUUCCUACUACACCUGCCCCAGAGGACGUCGACUGCCACAUGGAAGUUGAAACGACUACACUUGUUGGAGGGCGAUGUGUAAAUAUAGGAAGAUCCCCUUUGCGAGCCUGUCAAUCUGGGCCAUAUUUAGAUGUACACAACGGUGCUUGUAUGGGCACCGGCGCCCAGGCAACAGAAAGCUCAGGUCCAACACAGAGUACAUGAAGUUGUAUUGGCGAUUGCAAUGUACAAAUUCUAAACAAGACUUUCGUUAUACCUUUUUCCUUGUUUCCAUUAUCUAAUUCAAUCUACUACGGUUUCCAACAAAUACAGCAAGUGUAUAGGUCUGUUUGCGUAGAAGAAAGUGUAAUAAGCGAGACAAGAUUAUGUCGUGAAAACAAACAUAGCAGUCUUGUACAUAAUCUUGUUGCAUAACACACGACGAACUGCAGAAGAAUCAAGAACGCCGUAUUGAAUGAAGCUUUUAUAAGAUCUCUAGAGAUCAGAUCCUGCAGAAAUAAAAAUAAUAUCAGUCA